AUGAAAAAAUUAGUUGAUAUUAUAAUUUUAUUGGUUAUAAUUUUUAACAUAAUUGAAAAUAAUGUAUUAAGUUUAAAGUUUAAUAAAAAUAAUCUUAUAUUAUCUAGAAAACGUCGAGCAGCUUUAGAUCAUACUAUAGGAAGAUUUGAUGAAAUUCCAAUAAAAUAUAAAGUUAAUAAAAAUGUAAAUGAAUCAUUAAUAGAUAAAGCAGUUAAAAGUUUCCAAAAAGAAUCUUGUUUAAUAUUUGAAAAAGAUAAUUUACUCAAUGGAUCUGGAAUAGAAUUUGUAUUUUCAAAUGACACUUAUUAUGCUGAUGUUGUUGGAAAAGUUUCAACUGUCAUACCUUUACAAAUAGGAAUUCCAAAAAAACCUACAAAAGUCGGUUGUGUUAUUCAUAAAAUGUUACAUGCAUUGGGUUUGUUACACGAACAACAAAGAAAAGAUCGAGAUCAAUACGUAACAAUAUUUUAUAAUAAAAUUAAUAAAGAACGUCUUCAUAAUUUUAAAAUGGGAAAUUUUAUUGAGCAAGAAACGUAUGGAAUAAAAUAUGAUUAUGGUUCUAUUCUUCAUUAUUCAAGAUUUAAUGGUCAUAUAUCAGGUAAAAAAAAUAAAUUUACAAUGAAAGCAAAGAAUAAACACUAUACAAUGUCAAUUGGUCAGAAUCGUUAUUUUAGUUUUUUAGAUACAAAACUUUUAAAUAAACGUUAUUGUAAAGAUAAAUGUAAAAAUGAAGAAAAAAUAACAUGUUAUCAUGGUGGAUAUCCAAAUCCAAAUAAUUGUAAAAUUUGUAAAUGUCCAACUUUUUAUAAACCACCAUUUUGCAAGUUUGUAAAAAAAUCUCCACAAAAAUGUGGAAAUAAAAUUAAUCUUGCAUCAAAAAAUUAUCAGACAUUAAAAAUGAAAGGUAUCAUUGAUUGUUAUUAUAUUUUAAGAGCAGAAGAAAAUCAAAAAGUUGAAAUUAUUAUUAAAAAAGCAAAAUCACUGUUGACUCAAGUUUGUGAACCAGGAUCAGGUUUAAAUAUUAAAUUUCUUAAAAAUAAAGCUUUGUCUCCUGCUUGUUUUUGUGGUAGAACAACGAAUUACACUAUAAUUUCAGAAGGAAGAGAAGUUGUAUUACGUUACGCAGGAAAAUCAAAUACAGAUUUUUUUGAACUUCAAUUUAAAAGUGUAAAAAAUUAA